ACGAGAAAUAAAUACCCUCUAAAAAAGGGGAAAAAAAUAUGGAGCGUAUCAGGCGGGUAUGCUGGAUCAUGGAAGGAAACAAGAGAGAGUGCGGAUGGAAAAACCUGUAGUGGCAAAAAUUUCCGAGGUCUCAUCAUCAAUUAAGGGCACUUCAAUAUUGGGGGUGACAGAGGCUACUACCAGGGUGAGAGGGGCGGCAGUGUCGACAAGGAGGACAUGGGCGACACAAGCGAUCGUACCUUGAUCAGGAAGGCGGGUCCCCUUCCCUAUGAAUCUCAGCCGCUCGCUCAACCGUCAGAUCAACCUCAUUCCCAUGGUGGUGGGCAAUCGCACCCCCACCCCUACAGCACCAACCUGGCGGCGCCUCCGGCUUUGUCUACUGUCAGCAGCAUCGCAGGUGGUGGGCAGUUCUUGCCUAUCAAAAGACUACUUGCUGCACAAAAGGCGCGAAAAGCUGCGCAAGAGGACGUGCAAAAACUAGCUAAUCGGCUAGAGCAGCUGAGAAAGGAAGAAGACAAAUCCGUUCGCCGAAUCGCCGAGACCAAAAAGCGGGCCCAGGAGAUCACAGAGAUGAGGAAGAGGAAUGAAGAUGCCCGGCAAGCACGUAUUCACUGGCAGCAAGAGAGGGAACAAGAACUGCGCAAUUUCCACGACUCCGUGCUGAACAACAAGGAGGAGAGGAGGCGGCGUCGGCAAGCUUCAGCUAUGGCCAACUCUAAGACAAAGAAGGAAGAGAUUGCAAGGCUCAAAGCCGAGAAGAAACGGAUCGAAGAAGAGACGGCGAUGAGAAGAGAGGAGGAUAGAUUGAAGGCUUUGCAAAGCAAGGAGUACAUUCGGCAGUCGGCUCUGCAUUUCAGAGAGAGGCUUCUGGAGGAGAAGAUCCGGAACCUGCACAAGGCGAGAACGGAAUUCGAGAGGAGAGUGGAGGAGGAGAGGUCCCUGCAUGAGAGGAAGGCCAGAGAGCUGUCGAAAAUGGCGAAGGAGGAGAUGGAGUUGAUACAGAAGCUGCACAGGAGGCAGAAGCAGCAAAGGGAGGCCUACGAGGAACUGGAGAAAGCGCUUGGUGUAAUCAGAAAGGGCAAAUACAUGCUGGGGGGUGGUGGUGGUGGUGGUGGUGGUGGUCCCCUCAACAUCUGCAAUAGUGACGGAGGAGGGACAAUCAACCCCCCAGAGGAGGGCCUUCCGUUAAGGGAUCUGGAUACAAAUGUUUCGGCGUCUCUGGAUAAAGGCAUCUCCACGCUUGACCGGCGUGAAGAGGAGGCGGCAAUAAAAGCGCAGUUCAACCUUUUAGACUCAGAGGGCAAAGGAUGGAUAGCGACAAGGGAUUUAGGAAAGUUACUGUACAGGCUAGGGGAACGGCUUGCGGAGCCGCAAGUGGCUCGAGCCACACAACAACUGGAUGGAAAAGGUGCAGGAAAGAUACAAUUCAAUGAUUUUUUGCUGUGGUGGAGAGGUUAAUUAAUGAAAAUAAUGACCAUUG